UCUGCCAUAAGAAACAAACUCAAACAUUGUUUCCCCACACACUCUUCUUCUGAGCAAUCCUUGCAGUUCAGGAAGAGCAUAGACAAACAUACACCUUCAGUCAGUUUCAUAUGCGUCUGUUUGCAGCUUUGAAAGCCACAAGAAAGCCUCUUUUGCUAGGCACCAACUAUAUGAAGAGCAAGAAAGCCAGCUGAGCAACUGUACAGAGAAAGAAAAAAUUACCCCAUCAUUAAGCAAAGACUGAUCACUUGACAACACUAAAGAGCACCUGUACCUGGAUCCCUCAAAGCUUUCAAGAUUACAACAGUUAAUUAAGGAGGUUUGGUCCUCAGAAGAGUGCACAGAUUUUGCCCCUCCUGUAACAGGCAGGGACUGGCUAAGAUGUCUUUAACCAAUUCCUCAGACUGUAACAUUUAUUCUGACAUGGAGCCGUUCACCUACUUUUAUUAUUUGAUCUUUCUUAUCGGAUUCAUUGGGAGCUGUUUUGCCCUAUGGACCUUUACACACACAGAGGACAAGUGCAAAUCAAUGAACAUCUAUUUAAUUAAUCUCCUAACGGCAGACUUUUUGCUGACCCUUGCCUUGCCAAUGAAGAUCACUGUUGACUUAGGAAUUGCCUCCUGGAAACUGAAAAUAUUCCACUGUCAAGUCACAGCUUGCUUCAUCUAUAUCAAUAUGUACUUAUCAAUCAUAUUCUUGGGAUUUGUUAGCAUGGAUCGUUGCCUUCAAUUAAUACAGAAAUGCAAGAUCUAUCGCAUCCAGGAACCUGGUUUUGCCAGGAUGAUAUCUGCAGUAGUCUGGGUAAUGGUGCUCUUUAUUAUGGUGCCCAACAUGGCAAUUCCAAUCCAAGAAAUUCAAGAAGCACCAACAGUGGGCUGUAUUGAUUUCAAAACAAAAGUAGGAAGAGACUGGCAUGUGUUUACCAACUUCAUAUGUUCUGCAAUAUUUCUAAAUUUUUCAGCCAUGGUGUUGAUCUCUAAUUUCCUCACAAUCAAACUGCUCUAUCAAAACAAAUACUGUGGAAAUUAUCACAAUGCAAAAAAGGCUCUGGUGAACAUACUCCUAGUUACUGCUAGUUACAUCAUUUGUUUUGUUCCUUACCAUAUUGUUCGGAUUCCAUACACCCUGAGUCAAAGCAAAGCUAUCACCACAGACUGCUCUCUCAGACAAUCUCUCUUCAAAGCAAAAGAAUCCACCCUGCUGUUUGGCAUGUCAAAUCUGUGUUUUGAUCCUAUUUUGUAUUAUUAUCUAUCAAAUACAUUUAGAAUGAAAGUCAUCAAGACUUUGGGAUCAAGUAAAGAUAAAAGAGUUUCCUCAGAUGAUACCGAGACGUGUGGGAAACAGGCAAAACAAACUGAUUUUUCAACUGAGACAUUGCAGGUCUUUCCAGAGGAUAAAUGUGCUGCAAAUUGAAAAUGAAUUUGACUCCCAGCUGUUGUGCACAGUGGCCAGAGCUGUUAGAGCUUUGGUAGCAGGGAUCUUGCAUUUUCUGUACUUUGCACCAGGGAAAUUGACGGAUAACUUUGUAAUAUAUAAUCAUUGCUAUUUCCUAUUGCAGAAUCGGGCUACACAAAUAUCAUAGGCACUUACUGGAUUUUGGUCAAUUAGCUGAUAGGACACAUUUGAGCACAUUUUGAAUCCCUUUGAAGAGAAGACUAUUCUUGAUGGAUCUGAUCUAUGGAAGCAAAUACACUGGGCCCCUUCAGAUUCAAUGCUCGACUAUGACUUGGGGUUAUAUGAUUUAUUACACUCCACCCUUCAGUGUAUCACAAUGAAACACCUACACUCCUACACCGGAGAAGUAAUAAAAGCAUGAUAAUUUCAAUGUCCUAAAUUCAACUGUUAA